AAUGGAUGUGAAAAAUAAUAAGCAAAGACAACGAAGAUACAACCAAAGGCAUCAAAACAAUUCAAUCAGUUCGGAUCCAGUUAAAAACAUUGUUCUAAAGGAAGGUAGAACGGCGCGAAAUCUCAUAGCCUGGAAUGUGCCGCUAAAUCGCUAUAAAAGACGUAGUUCUUCCGAAACUAAGUCUGCACCUCCUAACUUUAGGUCGAGAACACCACCUAUAUCUAAUGGACUAAGUGAUAGUUUGAACAGUUCAACAACAAAAUUUAAGAAAUCAUCCGAUGUGCGAGCGAGAUAUUGGGCAUUCCUAUUCGAUAAUCUAAGACGAGCCGUUGAUGAAAUUUACCAAACCUGUGAACAUGAUGAAAGUGCUUUGGAGUGUAAAGAAGUUAUCAUGAUUAUGGAACAAUGUACCAACGAUUUUAAAUCCCUUAUCACUAGGAUGAAAGUUAUGAAAGAAUUUGAAGAAUCGGAUAAACCAACUCCAGUUGCAUGGGAAGUUCGUAAGAUAUCUCCAAAUAAAGCGACUCAGUCCCAAACAGCUGUUAAUGGAGAACGAUCCUGCGCUAAGAAGAUUAGUUAUUCGGAUGCUGUAUGUGGGAAAAAUAGCGUAGACGUUUGCCAGAGUACUGAUUCAAAUCCAACUGAUGAUGAAAACUGGAAGACUGUAGAGAGGUCAUCUAGAUCUCGGGUAAAAAAUACUCCUGAAAAGAGAAAUGAAGAAAUGGAAUGGCAAGACUUAGAAGAUGAGUAUCGCGAAUAUUCUGGAAAAAGUUGGAGUGAUUUAUAUGAUGCGGAGAUAGAAGCGGCAAGAACUCCUGGAAGAGUUGUUCAUAUGCAUGAAAAAUUGUCCUCUCCAGCUCGCCGAUGUUCGACGACAGAAGUACAAAGACGUCAUGAACUAAAACAAGAAAAAGCUCAGGAACUCAGAAAUAAAUUACAAAAAGAAAUCACCGAUAAAAUGAGAGGCAAGUGGAAUAAAGUUGAAAAUGUAAGAGCCUCGAAAGAGAAAAUUCGUCAAUGGAGACGGGAAAAAAUUCAAAAACGACAGGAACGGGCUGAAAAAAAUCGUAAACAAACUAUAGAAAAGAGAGUAAAGAAGGCUAAAGAUGAAGAAAUUAAGGGAAGAGAGAUAGCUUUUAUUCAAAGUUUAGAAGAAACUCACAAACGACACGAUAUAAUGAAUAAGGAUAAAGAUUGCGAGGCACGUCUAAAUGAUCUACAAGCCGAACAGGUAAGAAAGCGAGAAGAAAAAGCUGCAAAAGAAGCUGCUGCAGAAGCUAGGAGAAAAGAUUUGGAAGCAGAAAGACAAGCAAAGUUAGUUGAACUCCAAGAAAAGAGAAGGCAACAGGAAGCGGAAAGAGAAGCGCGACAAUUGCAAAAAGAUGCAGAACGAGCACAAGCGGCCAGAAAUAAAGAAAGAGAAAGAACCGAACGCUUAGCGACACUUGAAGCCCAAAAACAAGAACAAAUACGUACCUUACAACAGCGAAUAGAAAAAAAACAGACAGAAAGCGCUAGAAGACAUAUUGAACAUUUGGAGGGUAAGAGAGAGAAAGCUUUUGAAAUGUCUGUUGUAACACAUUCAACAACUGAUGAAACAUUGGAUACAAAACCUAUUUUAACGCCGUAUGAUAAGAAAAAAUUAUGCACUUUAUGCGGCGUUCUUAUCACUUGUGAAGUACAACUGCAAUCUCAUCUGAGAGGUAAAAGACACAUGCAGGCGGUGAAAGAAAAGUUAGGAAGUGAUCAGUUUGUACAAAGAGAUUUAGAGAAUGUUAAUCUGCAGCACAUGUCAGAUGUGCCUGCGGAUAGGCCCGACCUUCAACAAGAAUCUGAAAAAGAAAGGCAAAAAGUUCUAAAACGUAGGUUGAAAAAAUUAAGACAACGUAUGUCGAAUAGAGCGUCAGCUUUUGAGAAAGAGAAUAGAACAGAAACUGGUGAAGCGACUUUGAAUGGAAAGUUGAAAAAGCUAUUAUUAGACAUAUCACGAAACAACGGACAAUGUCCCAACGAGCGGACACUAAAUGAGCUAAUAAGAUGUCUCUCCUCUUCAACUCUACAGUCCAAGCAAUCUUCGUCGAUAGCGAAGCGUCUGUGUCAAAAUGCCCUUAACUCUACAUUUUUCAAACCUCCUUUGAACAUAAAGUCUCUUCAUCUAGCUGCUAACGCCCUGAAUCACUUAGUCCAAAGCGACUCCGAAAUGUCCUCGUAUUUACUGAAGAGCAAUCACAUUUCAGUAAUUAUUGACCUCCUUUCAAAGCAAUUGGUCCAUAUUUAUCAAUCAACCGAGCAAAAAGACCAGGACGAACUUCUUCUAGCUGAACGUCUCUUUCAAAUAAUUGCCACCACCUUCUCCAAAGCUCCUAAUUCGAUCUCGAUCGACGCUUUUAGUUAUUUAAUUUGUGCGAGUAUUUUGGAUACACUAGCUAAUAUAAUGAGAAGCCUUUCUUUGGAAGUAGAGGGUGUUUGGUCAUUUUUCAAGGAAGGUUUAAACAUGAUAACCGAGAUUUCUAGACAAGCCAAUCUGAAUGACCAAAAUAAAGAAGAAUUUCUUACAACCGUCCGAUCAACAGACUUAUUAGAAGUGGUCACUUUAAUGUAUAGUGUCCUUCUCUACUUAGGCGAGAAGGAGCUGGAUGACCAAGUUGCCUCUUUAUUAUGUCAAGCUCUAGAAUUCGUCAAUACUCUGGCUUUGGUGGACUUGAAAACGCUUCAGAAUAUGUUAUGCGUAGAGGGAACGUGCUUAGAAUUACGGCAUCUUGCAGCGUUUAUACUCAAACAACCGAAGCAUGAGAGUCUUGUAAAUAAAAUUAUCACAGCUGUUGGCUUCUUCACGAGCCAAUGUGUUGAUGCCCAGACGGCACUCCAGACUGGUCAAUCUCCUACGGUUUUACAGUUAUUAUCUUCUUUACCAGUAGAUUAUUUUACUCAAGUAUCGCUAAUGAAAGUACUUAUGCCUACUUUGAUUGCCGCCACUUAUGAAAAUCCAGCUAAUUUAAAAAUAAUUAGCACUGAAGUGUCUCCAAGUCUCCUAGUCUCAUUUAUAAAAGAUGAAAUACGUCUAAAAUCUGAUGAAAAUAAACUACUACAUCUGUCUCAUCGAUUACCCAUUGUCGAAUGGGAGUCAGCUAUCGAAUACUUUUCCAAACAUUAA